AUGGACGGCCCUUCGAUUGCCGCUCGCGGGGCCGCCUCCACGAGCCCGACCAGCCCUGCCAGCUCCCGCCAUGGCAGUGGCGGCCCCAAGCGCAAGAGGAGCAGCGGCCUCGUCGGCGCAGAGAGCAGUCCCGGCAGCUAUCUCGACGAUGAUCACGCCGACGCCGCAGACCACGACAAGAAGCGCCAGCCCGGCGUCAAGCGGGCCUGUAACGAGUGUCGCCAGCAAAAGCUGCGCUGCGAUGUCGUCCAAGACCCCUUCCGCGGUUGCACCAGGUGCAAGCGUCUAAAGCUCGAGUGCAAGAUCGAAUCCAACUUCAAGCGCGUUGGCAAGCGUUCCAAGCAUGCCGAGAUGGAAAAAGAAAUCGAGCGCUUGCGCCGCAACGUUGCCCGUGCCCAGUCACAAGGCUAUGUCCUCGACGACGACGAUGUCGACUCGCCCAUCGCGGCAAGCACUGCCGCCUAUACCCAUACCCGAAAUACCUCCUUGAUGGGCUCUGACGAGGCCGUCUCGUCGUUGCUUCACCUUAAGCGCGGAGGCUCCUACAACGUCCAACAACAUUACUCCCACGAGCUCGAGGGCGUCCGCCUGACCGACACUAACGUUACUCACCUCUUCAACGAGUUCUUCGCCUUCUACCACCCCUUUCUCCCUUUUCUCAACAUCCGUCAGGCCCCAGAUCAGUAUAAGCAGCAGCAUCCCCUGCUGUUCUGGUCCAUUGUUGCCGUCGCCGCCCGCCGCUUUAGUCCGCCAGACUGCCCCAACCUGCUCACCAAUCUCUCGGGGCCCAUGACGCGCUACCUGUGGACGACAAUAGGCGAGGUUCCCAGCAACUACCAUGUCGUAAAGGCCAUGUGCCUCCUGUGUACAUGGCCUCUGCCUACAAGCACCACCACCUCCGAUCCGACCCAUGUUCUCUGCGGCGUCAUGAUGAAGACUGCCACGGGCAUCGGCCUGCAUCGCCCCAACCAUAUAAGGGAUUUCUCCAGGGUCUCGGUCGAGCUGAACAAGGAACAACUGCAUGAUCGUGUCACCACGUGGGCUGUCUGCAACAUUGUCGCCCAAAACGUCGGAACCGGCUACGGUCAACCGGCGUCUACCCUGUACGACUGGACCCUCGCCCUUCGCCCCGGUGAUGAUCCGGCCCUGCACUUGUCUCGGGAGCUGGAGGCCAGACUCCAAAUCGAGCGCUUCUGCGACAAGGUCUCAAAGGAGAUGUACAGCAACGCCAGCGACCCGCGCGGCGUCGCUGGCGACGAACAUCGUGCUAUGCUCAUGAGGGUCUAUCGUCGAGACUACGGUGAGCUGCAGGCCUCGAUCCUCUCCCAGCAGCUUGGGGCCGUUGUGAACCUGCAUCUGCGCGCCGCGGCUCUGCACAUGCGACUAGCUGGCUUCUUCGACUCGAGCAAGACGCCGGGAUACAUCGACGACCUCAUGGGCCUCUGGCGGGCGGCAACCAGCUUCCUAGACGAGAUCCUCGAGGUGGACAAGAGCACGUCCCCGCGCGACACCAGGGGCGGCACGACGACAAUCCUCUUCUACACCACAAACUACCUGCAGCAGAUGCUCGUCGCGGCGGCCUUUACACUGCUCAAGCUCAUGAGGUCCUUUUUCUGCAAAACAAUUGACUUUGACCGAGGGCGCAGCCUCUUCCACCAGUCGAUCCAGGCCAUCCGGGCCACGAGCGUUGUCAACAACGACCUGCAAUGGCGGCUCGCCGAGCUCAUGGCGCAAAUGUACAACGGGGCUCGCCUUGACCACAACCGGAAUCACGCCCUCAACAACGAUGACGAUUCGUCCAUUCAGGUCGACGACAGCCUGCAGCUUAAGGUGCGCUGUCGUCACAGCAUGAGUCUUGUUUUCGAUUCCGUCUGGCGGUGGAGGGAGGAGUACCAAUCGGCCGGGAGGGGUUCGUUGGAGAACAUGAAGCAACCGACCAAUCCUGAUUCUGCCAACGAGUCGUCGGCGUCGUCUCAGCUCGAAAGCACCCUGAUGCCGUCCCAUGUCCCCUCCACCACCAAUAAUAGCAUGCUCAGCACGAAUGGCGCCCUCACCCCAGGCGCUUCGGGACUGUCAGCCACCGCGUCGGGUCCCAACAGCAUGAUUGGAGGGGCGAUGAGCUACGGCGACGCAAACUACGACUUCUUUGACCCCCAACAUUGGAUGUUGGAUGGAUUGCUCGAUUUCAACUAUUCCUUUGUGGCUCCCCUCGAAGGGGCCUAG